AUGGCCCUGCGGCCGCUCCUCGUGGUCGCCGCUCUGGCGGUCACCGCGCCGCCUCACCCCGCCGCCGGCUUCUACCUGCCGGGCCUGGCGCCCGUCAACUUCUGCGAGCCCUCCAAGGAGAAGCCCGAGUGCAAGUCUGGAAUCGAGCUGUUUGUGAACAGGCUUGACUCUGUAGAGUCUGUCCUUCCCUACGAAUAUACUGCGUUUGAUUUCUGUCAAGCGGAAGGGAAGAAACGUCCAUCUGAAAACCUUGGCCAAGUGUUGUUUGGAGAGAGGAUAGAACCGUCUCCUUACAGGUUCACAUUCAACAAGAAGGAGACAUGUAAAGCUGUUUGUACAAAAACGUAUGAUACCAAGAAGGCAGAGGAUAAGCAGAAAUUAGAUUUUUUGAAAAAAAGUAUGCUACUGAAUUAUCAGCAUCAUUGGAUUGUGGACAACAUGCCUGUGACCUGGUGCUACGAUGUUGAAGAUGGCCAGAGGUUCUGCAAUCCAGGCUUUCCCAUUGGCUGCUACAUUACAGAAGAUGGCCGUCCAAAAGAUGCCUGUGUUAUUAAUUCAGAAUUUCAUGAAAAAGAUACUUUUUAUAUCUUCAAUCACGUUGACAUAAAGAUAUAUUACCAUGUUGUGGAGAAUGAAGCUCUGGGAGCAAGACUUGUUGCUGCUAAACUUGAACCAAAAAGUUACAAGCAUACUCAUCCAGACAACCCUGAUUGCUCAGGAGUGCCUAUGGAUAUAAGCAAUAAGGCUAAUGGAGAAGUCAAAAUUGCUUAUACGUACUCAAUAACUUUUCAGGAAGAAAAAAAUAUAAGAUGGGCAUCAAGAUGGGAUUAUAUUUUGGAAUCCAUGCCUCACACUCAUAUUCAGUGGUUUAGCAUUAUGAACUCCUUGGUGAUCGUCCUUUUUCUGUCGGGAAUGGUUGCUAUGAUUAUGUUGAGGACGCUGCAUAAAGACAUUGCAAGAUACAAUCAGAUGGAUUCCACUGAAGAUGCGCAGGAGGAAUUUGGCUGGAAGCUGGUUCAUGGUGAUAUCUUCAGGCCCCCGAGAAAAGGAAUGCUGUUGUCUGUUUUCCUAGGCUCUGGCACGCAGAUCUUAAUCAUGACUUUUGUUACCCUGUUUUUCGCUUGCCUGGGAUUUUUGUCACCUGCUAACCGGGGAGCCCUAAUGACCUGUGCUGUAGUUUUGUGGGUACUGCUUGGGACUCCAGCAGGUUAUGUUGCUGCCAGAUUCUACAAAUCAUUUGGAGGUGAGAAAUGGAAAACAAAUGUCCUGCUGACAUCAUUCCUUUGUCCUGGAAUCGUGUUUGCGGAUUUUUUUAUCAUGAAUCUCAUUCUCUGGGGAGAAGGCUCUUCUGCAGCUAUUCCGUUUGGUACUUUGGUUGCUAUUUUGGCACUCUGGUUUUGCAUAUCUGUUCCACUGACGUUUAUUGGUGCCUAUUUUGGCUUUAAGAAAAAUGCUAUUGAACACCCUGUUCGCACAAAUCAAAUUCCUCGUCAGAUUCCUGAGCAGUCGUUCUAUACAAAGCCAUUACCUGGAAUUAUCAUGGGAGGGAUUCUGCCUUUUGGGUGCAUCUUUAUCCAGUUGUUCUUCAUUCUGAACAGUAUUUGGUCUCACCAGAUGUAUUACAUGUUUGGCUUCCUGUUUCUGGUUUUCAUUAUUUUGGUUAUCACGUGUUCUGAGGCCACCAUAUUGCUCUGUUACUUCCAUCUAUGUGCAGAGGACUAUCACUGGCAGUGGCGUUCAUUUCUCACUAGUGGUUUUACUGCAGUUUAUUUCCUAAUAUAUGCAAUACAUUAUUUUUUUUCUAAACUGCAAAUCACAGGAACAGCUAGCACCAUUUUAUAUUUUGGUUAUACCAUGAUUAUGGUUUUGAUCUUCUUCCUUUUCACAGGGACAAUUGGAUUCUUUGCAUGCUUUUGGUUUGUAACCAAAAUCUACAGUGUGGUGAAAGUUGACUGAAAGAACCAAUGUCAAGAAUUAACACAGAAGAGGUUAAACCUUCACGAGCAUAACUUACAGACCUGAUCUCCGUGAUGAACUUGAGCUUUAUCAGAAGUGUUGGCUUUCUGUUCUUUGAGAAUGAUACUGAAUAUGCAGCUGCCCCAAACACUUUCUUCCACUAACACGUUUAUAUUGUGACUUAACAGCCUGUUUUCAUGCAGAUCUCAGUGAAGAUCAGAGUUACAAUAUUUAUGCAUUUGUAAAUACAACGAUACCUUAAAAUAAACGUUGAAUUCUAAUGGCAGAGUAGAACCGGCUGUGUUAGGCAACUUAAUGAUACUUCUGAUUAAAGUACAAUUGUAAAUAGGAUUUUCUAGCUUGGUAGGUGGGAUGAAUUAUUUUUCUUUGAGGGAAAUGAGAACUUUUUAUUAUGCUAACUUUGAAGGAUGACUCUUAAGAAGUGUCGCUUUUAGUUUGGAUGUGAUUUUUAUUUUUUACUGGUAUUAUGUCCACAAAUAUUCUGAUUUCUGUGACUUCAUUAGUUUCAGUGUUUUUGGCCUUUUAAACUAUGUGCCUCUGAGUCCUUGAAUUUAUAAAUUCAUAAUCUAAUAAAUAUUGUAAAAAUGUCUUCAGUGGGUCAUUACCUGUUAAAAAUUCACACAAAUCCGUAAAUACAAUUAUAUGGAAGAUCGCACAGAGCAUUUGAUGGCAUUAUCUGCAGUGUUCUGUCUCUUGACACUCCUUUAGAUCUGCAGUGCGCGUUGUGUCACACGGCUCAAACACUGCCGUGUGGUUGUGGUGCGUGAGGAUGAAAUGAUGCACACACUUAGCAAAGACACUGCAGCAUUCAGCCAGUCCUUAGCCCAGGCUCUUGUUCAGGAAUUGCUGUGGAAUGGUCAGUAUGUUGAGAAGGUCUUAAUGCGUGAGUCAGCAUCCUCUGCUGCUCUUGCUUUAGAAAGAUCUUGAUGAAGCAUAUGGCAGCUGCUGCCGACUGUACUUAGUGUACGUUAAAAGAAAAAGCCAGUUCCUAUUUUUGCCUUAUAUUAAGAGACUACUGUCAAUUUCAGGUGACUAGCAUUUAAUUGAUAUUUGCUUCUUUGAAAAUGGAGUAUUAUAUUCAUAUGUUGUUCAGUAAUUUAGAUUCAAAACACAAUCUGGCUCUCGGUAAAUUUUUUUUCACAAACCUGAUAAAAUCUUACUUCAAAUUAAUCUUCCUGUACCAUUUGUCAUUUGUAAGUUUGGGUGUUUUUGGUUUUGGUUUUGUUUUUUUUUUUUUGAUUAUUGAUUUGCUUUUCUAAAAAGACCUUAACCUAAUGAUGCUUGAAUACUGAACCCAAUAAAAAUAUCUUUGGUUAAGGUA